CUUUAAAAGUGGCUCGAUAGUCGAUACAAUAUACCACUGUGUGAACUAUCCAAGGAAUAUAAAUAUCAUCUAAAUAUAUAGUGGAGACAUGGCAAAACCAGUGAAUACCUUGCCAGAAGACCAGGUGGGUCGGUAUUGUGCAACGCCUGAUCCAGCUACAAAGGGUUUCAUCAUGCAACAGACUAUGUUUCGCAUCAAAGAUCCUCGUAAAUCCCUGGAUUUCUACACUCGAGUGCUGGGUAUGAGAUUAUUCACUAGACUAGAUUUCCCUGAUAGGAAGUUUUCUUUAUUCUUCCUUGGUUACGCCGAAGAGUCUGCUAUCCCACAAGACGAGACAAAAAGAAUUAGAUGGACCUUUAUGCAACCGGCCACCAUAGAACUCAGAUACAUCUAUGGCACUGAUACAGACGAAAAGUUUACCGGUUACCAUCAUGGAAAUACGGAGCCUCUUGGAUUUGGUCACAUAGGAUUGUCUGUACCAGAUGUUUAUAUUGCUUGUGAACGAUUCCAAAAAUUAGGAGUAACGUUUGUCAUGAAGCCAGAUGAAGGUCCAAUGAAAGGCCUGGCUUUUAUCCGGGAUCCAGACGGGUAUUGGAUAGAGUUACUAUCCGCGGAUAAUAUGGCUAAAUCCUGUGGUAAACCGGUAUCAACUCAUGUCUACUAUUGACGACACUAAAUUUGCCGCCAUGGCGAUAAAACAAGGCUAUGAAACCUUUCCCAUAAUAUUAGUUGUUAUAGAGAGAUCAUGGAGCUAUGAGAGUGGGGGGGGGGGGGGGUGAGAAAGGGGAGGAGAAUAAUUUAAACUCAAAAUUCCCUUUUAUACACAUUAGGCAAUAUAUCUGAAGAAUUGCACUGUUAUAACAAAAGUAAUAUUCUCAAAAUAUAAAGCUGAAUUUAAUCGUGGAAUAAACGAUGAUAUAUUUCAGUCGAAGUAUUCAUGCAAAAAAACAUUCUGAUAAAUCAAAGGCAUUUGCAGAAUAGCAGCCGAUGUUCAUUCCGCUUUUUUAUAAGUGAAAAUAUAGGAUAUACAUGAAUAUCAUAGGUGCUGAAUAGUUCAAAAUAAAUGAAGCAUGUCACGUGAUGAAAAUCCAAACCAUUAACGUAUUUAUCAUUAUGGUAUAGGAUUUACUGCGUGAUCUUUCCACUGAAACAUUGUUUGCCAUGUGUCUUCAAUAAGUUCAUAUAGUUUCUGUAGUUAACUCUCCAUUUUGUAUCUAGAGUUGUAUCUUAAUUAUUUUAAGUCUCGUAAUCAUUUUUGUCUCGCCUGCAUAGCAGAGCGAGACUAUAUAGACGCCGCUUUUCUGACGGCGACGGCGGCGUCGUCAACAUUGAAAUCUUAAGCAAGGUUAAGUUUUAGAAAUGUUAUAGUAUUCAUGAACUUGGACAUAAGAGUAAUCAAGUAUUACUGAGCAUCCUACCUGAGUUUCAGGUCACAUGACCAAGGUUAAAGGUCAUUUAUGGUCAAUGAACUUAGACCAUGUUGGAGGACUCGAUAUCGAAAUUUUAACCAAGGUUAAGUUUUUUGAAAUGUCAUCAUAUUAACUUAAAAAUUAUAUGGACCUAGUUCAUAAAACCCAGACAUAAGGGCAAUAGUGUGUCACUAAAGACCCUGGCUGUGUUUCAGGUCACAUGAUUAAGGUCAACGAACUUUGGCCAUGUUGGGUUUAUUUUAGGAAUUGUCUUCAUAACCUAAAAAGAUUAUGGAUCUAGUUCAUAAAACUUGGACAUAGAAGCAACAAUGUAUCUCUAAAUUUCAUGUGCGAGUUUCAAGUUACAUGACCAAGGUCAAAGGUCACUUAGGGUCAACGAACUUUGGCCAUGUUUGGGGUUUUUGAGGAAUUGUCAUCAUACAUGUAACUUUAAAAGUUUAUGGAUCUAGUUCAUGAAACGUAAACAUGAGAGCAAUAAAGUAUCAUUGAACAUCCUGUACGAAUUUCAGGUCACAUGAUCAAGGUCAAAGGUCAUUUAGAGUCAACGAACUUUGGUAAUGUUGGGGGUAUUUGUGGAAUUGUUAUCAUACAUGUAACUUUAAAAGUUUAUGGAUCUAGUCCAUGAAACGUGAACAUAAGAGCAGCAAUCUAUCCCUGAAGCGCGUUUCAAGAACAUAACCAAGAUCAAAGGUCAUUUAACGGUCAAUGAACUCUAGCCGUGUUGGGAGUAUGUGAUGAAUUGGCAUCAUACCUUAGAAAGUUUAUGAAUCUAGCUCAUGAAACAUCGAUAUAAGGGUUAUCAAUUAUGAAUGAUUGUUUUGCACAUGUCUUAGGUCACAUGAUCAUAUGUCAUUUUUUGGUCAAUGGACCUAAUAUUUUAUUAUCAUAUUAGUGUUUUCUUCUGUGAAUACUUAUUCAUUAGCGGUUUUCAAAGGCAGCACUGCUGAUAUCGAAUUGCAAAUGCAGGCGAGACUGUACGAGGCGUUCCACUUGUUAAAUUUAGCAAUUUUUAUCACUAUUUCUUCCUAGGUUAGUUGUAUUCCAAUGACAAGAUGGAUUUUUCAAGAUUUUACGAUUUGACUCUUAAUACGAUUCUAUAAGUUUGAAUAGCAAUUACAAAUUGUUUCUGAUGUUAGAUAUUUUGUAUCUUGUAUUUUUGAUGUUGUUUGUUGUUGUUGUUGUUGUUCAUAGUUAUCUUGACAUGUAUUUUAAACUGCAGGGCGCCUUUGUAAAGCAGUUUUAAGAACUGAACAGGCCUACCCUGCAGUAUAAAAUAAAUAAAACAAAAUAAAUAAAUAAAUAAAUAAACAAUACAUUUAUUUUAUGCUUCAUCUCGAUCAAAUCGAAUUCCCGGUAAGAAACCAUAAAGGUGAAUAAAACACUACCUCUGUGUAACAAAACUCUUUUGGAUAAGAGUGUGUCUUUAAGUUUCAAAAGAAAUGUUCUUAAUGUUCUAACAUUUUACAUCUUUGUAAUCAAUUUUACUCUGGCAAAGUAAUAUCGUAAAUGAUAAUAUGACAGUGAUCUGGGCAGCAGUGGGGAAAAUGAAAUUAGAAUCGUUAUAUAAACUGC